CCCCCAGUCGGGGCAGUCCGAUCGCACUCGCUGCAUAUCAGAGUCUCCGCGCGGCGCGCUCCUCCUCGCUCCCGCUCCCCACUCCCGGGAUGUGUCUCCGCCGAACGAAGGGCUAUGGCCACCACGACUUCCGGGUUCCGUCAUUUCGUUCUCCCGCCGCCGACCCGCGCCGCCAAACUGAGGCUCUUCUAUAAGCCAGGCAGCAGCCAACCUGCCAACACCUACUGACACUCACUCAUCUCCCAGAGAGAAAGAGAGCGAGAGAGAGCGAGCGCGAGAGAGCGAGCGCGAGUGAGAACGAGCGAGAGAGGGAGGGAGAGACAAAAUACCUACCAGGAAAGAGGGGGAGGAAGUCCAAUUUUUGCAAACUAUUCUUUUUUUUUUCUUGAUUCCCCCCCACCCCCCGCUUUCUUUGACCGAUACUUUACAGAGAGAGGAUCAUAUAAUAGAUACCACGGGGGCAAAGCUAAAGGAGGGGGGGAGGGGGGAGGAAAAAUUCAAGAAGCAGAAACCCCUCGCGGAGUUUUACUGGAAGAAAAAAAAAACGGGUCUGAAAGAUUCCUCCUCUUCAUCAUCAUCAACCAUCAUUCAUUCACUACCUUGACAUUCCGGGCUUUGAUUGACAGCUGGAGUGGCAAAAAGCCAUGAAACACGACAGUUCGGUUACAUGUGGGUUGCUGACGGGCCGCUCGUAGCCUUCAGUUCGGGGGCUUGACAAUUUUUUUUCUUCUUUUUCUUUUCUUUUCUUUCUUUUUUUUUUUCCAACUGAGGGGCAGAGAAGAGAAAGAGGGGGAAAGGAGGACUGAAGAGGAGGAGGAGGGGAGGGGGGAGGAGGAGGAGGAGGUGGAGGAGGAAGAUCAGGAGGAGGAGAAAGAAGAGGAAAAAAGAGAAAAAGAAGAAAUAUCACAGGAAAAAAAAACUUCGUUGUCUUGCCUGGGCUUUUUUUUUUCUUCCCUAAAAAAAAAUAACAUAUUGGAGAAUUGGGAGAAGUCUCCUUGGUUUGGACAAAAAAAAAAGGAAUCUUCAGCCUAGAUCACUUUCUUAUCCGGACUGGGAUAUUAAAUAUACGACACAUCCAGGAGUUUAUUGGAGCGCAGACUGAUGGCGCAAAGGUACGAUGAGCUGCCCCAUUACGGCGGGAUGGACGGAGUAGGGGUGCCGGCUUCCAUGUACGGAGACCCUCACGCGCCGCGGCCGAUCCCCCCAGUUCACCACCUGAACCACGGGCCGCCGCUCCACGCCACGCAGCACUACGGCGCGCACGCCCCGCACCCCAAUGUCAUGCCGGCCAGCAUGGGAUCCGCUGUCAACGACGCCUUGAAGCGGGACAAGGACGCGAUCUAUGGGCACCCGUUGUUUCCUCUGUUAGCUCUGGUCUUUGAGAAGUGCGAGCUGGCGACCUGCACUCCCCGGGAACCCGGAGUGGCUGGCGGAGACGUCUGCUCCUCCGACUCCUUCAACGAGGACAUCGCGGUCUUCGCCAAGCAGGUUCGCGCCGAAAAGCCACUUUUUUCCUCAAACCCAGAGCUGGACAAUUUGAUGAUACAGGCAAUACAAGUACUAAGGUUUCAUCUUUUGGAGUUAGAAAAGGUCCACGAACUGUGCGAUAACUUCUGCCACCGGUACAUUAGCUGUUUGAAGGGGAAAAUGCCCAUCGACCUCGUCAUUGAUGAAAGAGACGGCAGCUCCAAGUCAGAUCACGAAGAACUUUCAGGCUCCUCCACAAAUCUCGCUGACCAUAAUCCUGCAUCUUGGCGAGAUCACGAUGAUGCAACCUCCACCCACUCAGCAGGCACCCCAGGGCCCUCCAGCGGGGGUCAUGCUUCCCAGAGUGGAGACAACAGCAGUGAGCAAGGGGAUGGUCUGGACAACAGCGUGGCGUCACCUGGCACAGGUGACGAUGAUGACCCAGACAAGGACAAAAAACGCCAGAAGAAAAGAGGCAUUUUCCCCAAAGUAGCAACCAAUAUCAUGAGAGCGUGGCUCUUCCAGCAUCUCACACAUCCGUACCCUUCCGAAGAGCAGAAGAAACAGUUAGCGCAAGACACGGGACUUACAAUUCUCCAAGUAAACAACUGGUUUAUUAACGCCAGAAGAAGAAUAGUACAGCCAAUGAUUGACCAGUCAAAUCGAGCAGGUUUUCUUCUUGAUCCUUCAGUGAGCCAAGGAGCAGCGUAUAGUCCAGAAGGUCAGCCCAUGGGGAGCUUUGUGUUGGAUGGUCAGCAACACAUGGGAAUCCGGCCUGCAGGACCUAUGAGUGGAAUGGGCAUGAAUAUGGGCAUGGAUGGGCAAUGGCACUACAUGUAACCUUCACCAUGUAAAGCAAUCGCAAAGCCAGGGGGAAGUUUGCAGAGCAUGCCAGGGGACUACGUUUCUCAGGGUGGUCCUAUGGGAAUGAGUAUGGCACAGCCAAGUUACACUCCUCCCCAAAUGACCCCACACCCUACUCAAUUGAGACAUGGACCCCCAAUGCAUUCAUAUUUGCCAAGCCAUCCCCACCACCCUGCCAUGAUGAUGCACGGAGGACCCCCUACCCACCCUGGAAUGACUAUGUCAGCACAGAGUCCCACAAUGUUAAAUUCUGUAGAUCCCAGUGUUGGCGGACAGGUUAUGGACAUUCAUGCCCAAUAGUAUAAGGGAACUCAAGGGAAAAGGAAACACACGCAAAAACUAUUUUAAGACUUUCUGAACUUUGACCAGAUGUUGACACUUAAUAUGAAAUUCCAGACAGCUGUGAUUAUUUUUUACUUUUGUCAUUUUUCAUCAAGCAACAGAGGACCAACGAGACAAGAACACAAAUGUGAAAUCAUGGGCUCACUGAGACAAUUCUGUCCAUGUAAAGAUCCUCUGGAAAAAAGACUCCGAGAGUUAUAACUACUGUAGUAUAAACAUAGGAACUAAGUUAAACUUGUACAUUUCUGUUGAUCACUCCGUUACGUUGCCUCAAAUAGUUUUAGAAGAGAAAAAUAAAUAUAUCCUUGUUUUCCACACUAUGUGUGUUGUUCCCAGAAGAAUGACUGUUUUUUGGUUCAUCGGUGAAUUCACUAUCCAAGAGAGACUGUGGUAUAUUUUAAACCUGUUGGGCCAAUGAGCAAAGAACCACGCUGAGACCACGGUGAACGCGUGGCUGAACCUCAUCCCUCGGACUCCAGCUUCAAGAAUGUGUUUUCAUGCCCAGCCUUUGUUUCUCCAGAAACGUGUCCUUUAGUUUCAAACAGAUCUUUAUAGUUUGUGCUUCACAAGCCAAUUCUUCUUAUUAUUUUGGGGGACUCUUCUUCAAAGAGCUUGCCCAUGAAGAUUUAAAGACAAAGCGGAAGCUUCUUCCAGGAGUUCUAAGCCUUGGCUGUGGACAAAACAAUCUUAAGUUGGGCAGCUUUCCUCAACAGAAAAAGUCAAUGGUCAUAGCACCACAACUAGGACUUGAUCGGAAACUCAAAGCUUGGGGGAUAAAAAAGGAGCAAGAGAAAUACUGUAACAAACUUCGUACAGAGUUCGGUCUAUUAAUUGUUUCAUGUUAGAUAUUCUAUGUGUUUACCUCAAUUGAAAAAAAAAAAGAAUGUUUUUGCUAGUAUCAGAUCUGCUGUGGAAUUGGUAUUGUAUGUCCAUGAAUUCUUCUUUUCUCAGCACGUGUUCCUCACUAGAAGAAAAUGCUGUUACCUUUAAGCUUUGUCAAAUUUACAUUAAAAUACUUGUAUGAGGACUGUGACGUUAUGUUAAAAAAAAAGGUGUUAAGUCACAAAAUGCGGUAAUAAAUAUUUCAUUUUUGAUUUUU